AUGGAUUCUUCACUCACGGCGGCCAUUCUCAUCGUGUCCACCACUGCAGCGCUGGACCCGUUAACGGACGCCUCCGCCGCGGUUCUCCGGGAAGUGCUCGACAUCGACGGUGCAGGCAAAUGGACUGUCGCAGAUGAAAAAAUUGUUUCAGACAAUGUUAUCGAUAUCCAAAAGCAAAUUAUGCAAUGGACAGAUGGCCCUGAUGCACCAAACUUCAUCAUCACGACUGGAGGCACUGGAUUUGCAGUGUCCGAUGCCACUCCAGAGGCAGUCGCAUCCCUACUUCAUAAACAAGCGCCUGGUCUAGUUCAUGCUAUGCUAUCUUCAUCACUGGCUGUCACUCCUUUUGCCAUGAUGUCGCGCCCUGCCGCAGGCGUGAGAAAUAGGACUGUCAUUGUUACGCUACCCGGCUCCCCCAAAGGAGCCAAGGAGAAUCUGCAGGCCAUCAUUAAGACUUUGCCGCAUGCAUUCCGUCAUACGAAGCCGAGUUCUAAAACGCUUUCCAACGACCCAACUUUGGGGCCUACACGCCGCCACCGAGAAUCGCCAUACCCCAUGGUCUCUGUUGAUGAUGCGCUUGCCAUGAUUGAUGAGUUCACCCCACAGCCGGAGAUUGUGCAUUCCAAAGUUGACCAAGACAUCAUCGGAUCGGUACUUGCGGAAGAAGUCAAGGCGCACGAGCAUGUUCCCGCUUUCAGAGCCAGCAUCGUUGAUGGCUAUGCCGUUGUUGCACCAAAAGAUGGUAAAUUGAAGGGCGUGUUCCCUGUCGUUGGCGUUUCGCAUGCAGCACCGGGGGAAAUCGGCGCCCUCAAGGAAGGUCAAAUUGCGAGAAUAACAACCGGGGCACCGCUUCCACCGGGGGCGACUUCUGUCAUAAUGGUGGAGGACACUGUUUUGAGGAGCAUGACGGACGACGGAAAGGAAGAGAAGGAAGUAGAAAUCCAAGCGGAAGGUGUCAAAGAAGGUGAGAAUGUUCGCGAGGUUGGCAGCGACGUCAAGCAAGGCACCACUAUUUUAAGCAAAGGCGAGCAAAUCUCUGGCGUCGGUGGUGAAAUCGGCCUAUUAGCCUCUGUUGGAGUGGCGGAAGCCAACGUGUACAAGAGACCAGUCAUCGGCAUCCUCUCUACCGGCGAUGAGAUCGUCGAGUACAACCGACCCGGUGCAUUGAAGCUUGGCGAGGUGCGCGAUACAAACCGCAUCACCCUGAUUUCUGCUGCAAAGGAGUGGGGAUACGAUGUCGUUGACCUGGGUAUUGCAAAGGACAAGUCAAAUUCCCUGGAAGAGACCCUGCGCUCUGGUCUGCGGCAGGCUGACCUCCUGAUCACGACGGGCGGUGUGUCCAUGGGCGAGCUUGACCUUCUCAAGCCGACCAUUGAGCGCUCGCUUGGGGGAACAAUCCACUUCGGCCGUGUUGCCAUGAAGCCUGGCAAGCCAACUACAUUUGCGACCGUUCCAGUCAAGGACAAUGCCGGCAAGCGCGUACACAAGGUGAUCUUCUCCCUUCCCGGAAACCCCGCCUCGGCGCUUGUGACCUUUCACCUUUUUGUCCUUCCGUCGCUUCAUAAGCAGUCAGGCAUUUACCCGGUCGGCCUCCCUAAAGUUCCCGUGGUUUUGGGACACGAUUUCCCCAUGGACCCUCGCCCCGAAUACCACCGCGCAGUGCUCACUGUCGGGGAGGAUGGCCAGCUAACGGCAAACAGUACUGGUGGACAGAGAAGCUCAAGAGUCGGCAGCCUGCGAUCCGCAAAUGCAUUGCUAUGCAUGCCGAGUGGCAAAGGCAAAAUGGAAAAGGGUUCCAAGGUUCACGCCCUCUUGCUGAAUCCAGUUAGGAGUUCAUAG